GAUUAUUCUAAAUCUUGAAUAAAUUUCGAAUGUUUUUCUUUUUCUUCUAUAGGAUAUUCGUAGUCUAGUAGAAGAUCGUAUUCAUGAUAAAUUAAAUGAUAAAAUUGAUCAAUGCUUAGAUAUUACUUCAUAUGAUUGGAUGAUGCAAGAAGCGUCUGGUAUGGCUAGUGAUUAUAUUACAACAACAAUUCAAUUUCUUGAAAAUACAUUUCGUGCAUUUACACAUUUACCAACACAAUUAUCUCAAACAACAUGUUUAUCAGCUUGUAAGCAUAUAUCAACAUCAUUAACAGAGAAAAUUCUUAGUCAGGAUGUUAAAGCAAUAUCAUUUGGUGCACUUGAACAAAUGAGUCUUGAUUUAAUGCAAUGUGAAGUAUUUGCAUCAAAAGUUAAUAUUCCAAAUUUAGAUGGUGAAACAUUAUUAUUAUGUUUUCAAGAUUUACGUCAAUUACUUGAUCUUAUUAUGGAUAAACAAUGGUCAGUUUAUUUUGAUCAAUAUGGUGAUCCUAAUUCACCAUUUGGACGUGUUAAUCCACAUACAGCUUUAACUGUUAUUGAAAAAUUACGUGAAGGAUUAAAACGACCAUUAUUACUUAAAUUUAAUCGGCCAGCUUUAGAAAAAGAAAAUAUUAAAUUAUUAGAAACAGUUGCAAAAGAUUUACGUAGUUUAAUUAAUGAUAUUUCAUAA